CGCGCCGGACACGGCCGAACCACGAUUAGGAAUCGACGCGUAGUGAAACGACGCGGGGCCUCUCUUCGAAUUCGCAGGGAACGGCGUACCUACGCGCUCGACGGGCGCGGCUUUGCGUCUCGAAGCUGGCGUUUCACGCGGUAGAAUGUCCUCCCUCGACUACCUGGAUCUGUGCCGGCUGUGUCUCGUGAAGGAUCGCGUCUCCGUGCCGAUUUUCGAGGGCGAGGGAGACGCGCGGCAGAUCUUCCUCAAGAUCACCGCCUGUUUGCCGGUCAAGGUGAACAAGGAAGACAAAUUACCUAAAAAGAUAUGCGAUGACUGUGUGUAUAAAAUAGAAUUAUGUUAUCAAUUUUGGCAUACGACAGCAAACGCCGAAAAACAAUUGCUGCAAUGGCUGGGAGAAGUAAACAUGGAAGACAAACAGGGUUACAAUGUGCUCAAUCCGAAUGGAAUGAAGCCAGAACAGAGCAACGAGAACAGGUUAGAUGGUACUGUGAUGCAACAAAUAAGCGAACAUCAGAACAAUAUGAAUAUGGGUAUGAUGGACAACAUGGGCCUGAGUAUGCCCAUGAUGAUGCCGAGCAAUACUCAGCAACAAAUAACCUCAGUUCCUAUGGACAACAGUGGUAGCUCUGUACAAAAUGUCCAAUCAGUAGCUGGACCAAGCACACAACAAACGACACAUGACCAAAUUACGCAGAAUCAAACAGAGGCGCCUACGCAACAAGAAGAGGAAGAGGAAAGCAGUGAAGAAGAGGAAAACUCGGAUGAUGAAUGCGAUGGAGAUGAAGGCCUACCUAUUAAAGAAGAAAGUGAAGAAGAUCCUAAUAAUAGUAGAACUAUUGAGCCUACAACGUUUGUUAAUGUUUCCCUGGCAUGUGAUGAAGCUGGCCCAUCCGGACUUCAACAGCAGAAAAUUGCCGAUAUGCCCGAGAUGGUAAUGCCUCAAGCAGCGGAUGUGGAUCCAAAAACUGGAGAACAAAACUGCAGCAGGAAGAUCUUGCAGACGGAUGCUUCCGGUUGCUUUAUUAUUGGGAAAGAUUCGAUACCGAUGAAACUGUGGCAGUACACUGAUGUCGGUGGCAAACUGCGCUAUUCACUAGUACCGGUGUUAGACGACGUCGCUAAAACUGCGGAAGAUGUAAGAGUACUUAAGGUACCUUUGACUUCCAUUAAAAUUGAAGAAAUCGAGAGUCAACAGAAUAGUCAACAGAAAAUCUGCAGCGUCACUAAUUGCAUGGAUCCCUUGAUGCGUUUACACAAGAUAGCGAAGAUCGAUAUUUACACUUGCGACAAGUGUGAUAUGAAAUUUCCUAUGCAAUCCAUGUUGAAUCGCCACAAAAUAACGCAUAAUAUACGUUUAUGGCUUCGUAGAAGGUGUUCGAGGGAAAAGCUCAUGCAAUAUUUAAGGACAAACGUUCGAAGACAAUUUAAAUCCAGACAGUUGAAAUCGCGAAGGCGUUUAGAGAAAGCGAAAUAUGUCUGCACGUCUUGCGAUUUCGGUUGUAAUAGACUAGUGACUUUGGAUGCGCACAUUAAGAGGAAGCACAGAGAAGACAAGGCGAUCAAGACAAAUUCCAAGAAAUUCGUCUGUACGAUCUGUGAUUACGAGUGUUCGAGCGAAGCGAAUUUGAGUGGGCACAUGCGCAAGCACAGGAACAAGAAUAGGACGAGUUUUGCCUGCAACCUGUGUGACUUUGAAUGUAAAAGGAGCACCACUCUAACAUCUCACUUGGCGCAAAAUCACAAAAUAUCCAAGAAAAUCUCGAGCGCGAUUUGCACAGAGAAGAAACGUAAGGUAACACCUCCCAAGAAGAAGACUAGUCAAUCUUGCUUGCAAAGCCGCGAGACGGUUAAGGCCGUUUCGUUAAUCACACACGAGGAUCCCAAUUUGAGAAUUAAAGAAGAAGUUUAUGAGGAUUGCAACGAGACAUCAGCGAUCACUGCGAACGUUCGAAAGAAAUCGAGCCAGAAAAGGCCACCUGUUGUCGAGGAACAUUGCGAUCUCUGUGAUUUCACGUGCACGAAAAAGAGCACGCUGUACUCGCAUAAACGACGGCACAAAGCGGAGGACGUCAACGAGGUGUACGCGUGCAACGAGUGCGGCUUCAAGACCGUGAAGAAAUCGUCCCUGUAUUCGCACAUCAAGCGCAAGCACAAGGAGCCACGGUCCUGCGACGGCGACGCGCAGCCGGAACUGUUCUGUUGCAGUCAGUGCGACUACAAGAACAAGAACAAGUACGAGUUGAAGAUACAUGUCGCGCGCAAGCAUACGGACGACUUCAAAUUCUCCUGCGAGACCUGCGGUAAGAAGUUCAAGGUCAAGGGUGACCUGACCAAUCAUAUACGUUUCAGUCAUCGAGAGCAACCGGUGAUUUGCGACGUUUGCGGUAAGACCUGUCUCAACAGCAAUUCCUUGUACGUUCAUCAAAAAUUCGCACACUACAAGGCCAAGUACGAAUGCCAGAUAUGCAAGAGGCGGAUGGUCAGCCAAGAGAACCUCAACGAACACAUGCUCAGGCAGCACGAGCGCAGGGAGAACGUGGUGUGCGAGGAGUGCGGCAAGACAUUCUCGCGGAAUAGCAGACUGAAGGUGCACAUGAGGAUCCACACCGGCGACAAACCGUACAGCUGCAACGUCUGCACCAAGUCCUUCGCUCGCAGGACCGCCCUGAAGCAACAUCUACUCAUCCACACUGGCAUCAGGCCGUACGUGUGUGACAUUUGCGGCAAGGCCUUCACUCAGAAGCCGGGUCUGAUCAGUCACAGGAAGUCUCAUCCGGGCUCCCAUCCGCCUUUGCCGCGCGUUCUUAUCGAUCAUAUUUUGAAUGACGUUAUGAACGCUUGAUGCACGGCGAUUGAUUGAUCGACUGACAUAAAAUUGACGCGGAUGAUUCCGAGAAAUGCCUGUUCAUAGGUGAACAAUGUAUAAAAGAAAACUUUGCUUGUGUAACAGAUAUUCAUAUACGCAAUGCAAAUAAGAUACUUUUAUGGUUUUUUUUUAACCAGUAAUAUCUAUAGC